AUGAAACUGCAGGAAGGUUCUGGAAAAUACCAGAAACGUGUAGAGCGGCGACUUCGCAGUAUAAAUAAAGGAACGCACCGCCAGGCACAGUCCCCAGAAGAUGAAGAGGAAGAAGAGGAGAAGAGGAAGAUUGGCCUCGACAAGAAGAAGGCAGAAGUUUCUAUCUCUGACGCUGUAAAUGCCGCGCAGUUGCAUAUCACCCUCAAAAAUCCAAUGAAAUCCAAACGCAUUCGCCUGGACACACACGUUUAA